AAUUAAUCAAUAAAAUAAAAAAAACAAAAUGGCAAACACGGCGCAUCUGAUGCGACGACAGAGCUCGCGCGAUCUAUACGCUCAGAGAUCCAUAGAUCGGAUGGAGAUGAAGGAGCUGAGGGGGAGACUGGUGACGAUGGAGAACGGGCAUUCCGGGCACCGAACCAACGUCAUGUACGGCGCCACGAACCAGGCCUUCGAGGACACCAGCCCCAACCGCCCGUCCUCGGAGACUCCCACCAGCAAGGCUAGCACAGACGGCGGGGCGGGCUUGAAGCCCGAGGGAGUGGAACUGGAGAGGGAAUCCUGGGAUAGCAAGCUCACCUUUCUCCUAGCUACCGUCGGAUACGCCGUCGGUCUCGGUAACGUCUGGAGAUUCCCGUAUUUGGCGCAAAAGAACGGCGGCGGCGCGUUUCUUAUACCUUACUUCGUGAUGCUCGCUAUUGAAGGCAUACCGAUAUUCUACCUGGAGCUGGCCAUCGGUCAGCGGCUGCGGAAGGGGGCUAUCGGGGUCUGGCACCAGGUGUCUCCGUAUCUCGGCGGGAUCGGGAUCAGCUCGGCGGUGGUGUCGUUCAACGUGGCUCUCUACUACAACUCCAUUAUCGCCUGGUGCCUGUUCUACUUCGCGCAGAGCUUCCAGGCGGAGCUGCCGUGGUCGGAGUGCCCUAAAAAGUACUUCAGCAACGGCUCCUACGUCAACGAACCUGAGUGCGCCGUAAGCAGUCCAACUCAGUACUUCUGGUACCGAACUACCCUCCAAAUCUCCGAAGACAUAAACUAUCCGGAGACCUUCAACUAUAAAAUUGCCCUGGCACUCGUGAUAGCCUGGAUCCUGGUCUAUAUGUGCAUGAUUAAGGGCAUCGCCUCAUCGGGCAAGGUGGUGUACGUGACUGCCACCUUCCCCUAUAUCGUCCUUGUCAUAUUCUUCUUCAGGGGCAUCACUUUGAAGGGCAUGGGAGAUGGACUCAUCCAUCUGUUCACUCCGAAGUGGCAGAGGAUUUUGGACCCAGUAGUUUGGUUGGAAGCCGGCACCCAGAUCUUCUUCUCUCUUGGCCUAGCCUUCGGUGGGUUAAUAGCCUUCAGCUCCUACAACCCAGUGGACAAUAACUGCUAUAGGGACGCCAUAAUGGUUUCCAUGACGAAUUGCCUGACGUCCAUGUUUGCUGGGAUCGUGGUUUUCUCCAUCAUUGGGUUCAAGGCCACAAUGGUUUACGAGAAGUGCCUUGAUGUGAGGAAUUCCACCCUCCUGGAGCUGUUUGGACCCUCGUACAAGUCUAUGGUGUUCCCUGACCCGGGGGAACCGGUGAUGGUGGAUCUGAACGGGAAUUUAAUGAAUCUGACUAUGCCAUAUCUCCCAGAGUGCGAUUUGCAGAAGGAAUUGGACAAUACGGCGUCCGGCACAGGACUCGCGUUCAUCAUCUUCACGGAAGCGAUCAACCAGUUUCCUGGCGCUCAAUUCUGGUCCGUUCUCUUCUUCCUCAUGCUGUUCACCCUGGGCAUCGACUCCCAGUUCGGAACCCUGGAGGGAGUGGUCACUUCCAUCGUGGAUAUGAAGCUGUUCCCGAAUUUACGCAAGGAGUACCUCACGGGGGGACUCUGCCUCAUAUGCUGUCUCCUGUCCAUGGGUUUCGCCCAUGGGGCCGGAAGCUACAUAUUCCUGCUGUUUGACAUGUACAGCGGGAAUUUUCCGCUGCUCAUCAUAGCGUUCUGCGAGUGCAUCGGCAUCGCAUACGUUUAUGGAGUCAAAAGAUUCGCAGACGACAUAGAGCUGAUGACCGGCCAAAGACCUGGGAUAUACUGGCUGAUCUGCUGGAAGUAUCUCUCUCCACUCGCCAUGCUGUCCAUCCUCAUCUCGUCCUUCGCCGAGCUCAUUCUCGAAGGUUCCAGCUACGAAGCCUGGAUCAGCUCGGAAGGCGAUACCGUGAAGAAACCCUGGCCGAUCUGGGCAGUGCUACUCGUGCUUGUGUUGGUCCUGGCCUCGGUGCUGUGGAUCCCAGCCUUAGCUAUAUGCAGAUACUUUGGCAUUGUGAUUAUUGACGACGAGGAGCGCGCUUGGUUCCCGGCUGAAGACCUCCGCGACUUCCACGGCAUCGAACCCCGACCCAUCUCCCGCAUAGAGACGCUGCUGUUCUGCACCAGACCAGACGGCAGCGAGGGCUGCUGCUGGCCAGGCUGCUGCGAAACUGAUGAUGAUGAGUAA